CGCCCCGCGCGCUCCGACCGCGGGCGGCCAGCGGGGCGGGCGGGCGAGCCGGCUGUAUCCCCAUCCUCUCGGGCGCGCACGAGCGGCUCGGGCGGAGCGGCAGGCCGGCCAUGGCCACCACCAGCACCGCCAGCACCACCAGCACCACGGGCUCCACCCUGCUGCAGCCCCUCAGCAACGCCGUGCGGCUGCCCAUCGACCAGGUCAACUUUGUAGUGUGCCAACUCUUUGCCUUGCUAGCAGCCAUUUGGUUUCGAACUUACCUACAUGCAAGCAAAACUAGCUCUUUUAUAAGACAUGUCGUUGCUACCCUUUUGGGCCUUUAUCUUGCACUUUUUUGCUUUGGAUGGUAUGCCUUACAUUUUCUUGUACAGAGUGGAAUUUCCUACUGUAUCAUGAUCAUAAUAGGAGUGGAGAACAUGCACAAAUAUUGUUUCGUGUUUGCUUUGGGAUACCUCACAGUAUGCCAAAUCACUAGAGUCUAUAUCUUUGAUUAUGGACAAUAUUCCGCUGAUUUUUCAGGCCCAAUGAUGAUAAUUACCCAGAAGAUCACUAGUUUGGCUUAUGAAAUUCAUGAUGGGAUGUUUCGGAAGGAUGAAGAGCUGACUCCGUCACAGAGGGGAUUAGCGGUCAGGCGCAUGCCCAGCCUUCUGGAGUAUUUAAGUUACAACUGUAACUUCAUGGGUAUCCUGGCAGGCCCGCUCUGCUCUUACAAAGACUACAUCACUUUCAUCGAAGGCAGAUCGUACCAUAUGACGCAGUCAGGUGAAAAUGGGAAAGAAGAGAUACAGUACGAAAGGACAGAGCCAUCACCAAAUGUCGCAGUUAUUCAGAAACUCUUAGUCUGUGGACUUUCCUUACUGUUCCACUUGAUCAUCUCUAAGAUGUUACCUGUGGAGUACAACAUUGAUGCGCAUUUUCAGGCCACAGCUUCAUGGCCAACCAAGGUGAUCUAUCUCUACGUCUCUCUUUUGGCUGCCAGACCCAAGUACUAUUUUGCAUGGACGUUAGCUGACGCCAUCAACAAUGCGGCGGGCUUUGGAUUCAGAGGGUAUGACGAAAAUGGAGCUGCCCGUUGGGACCUAAUUUCCAAUCUGAGGAUCAAGCAAAUAGAGAUGUCAACAAGUUUGAAGAUGUUUCUCGAUAAUUGGAAUAUUCAGACAGCUCUUUGGCUCAAAAGGGUGUGUUACGAGCGCGCCUCCUUGAGUCCCAUCAUCCAGACCUUCUUCCUCUCUGCCAUUUGGCAUGGGGUGUACCCGGGCUAUUACCUGACCUUUCUUACUGGAGUGCUGAUGACGCUGGUGGCGCGAGCUGUGAGAAAUAACUUUAGACAUUAUUUCAUCAAACCUCCCCUGCUGAAAUUUUUGUACGAUGUUAUAACAUGGAUAGCAACUCAGAUAACAAUAAGUUACACAGUUGUGCCAUUUGUACUUCUUUCUGUAAAACCUUCACUCAUGUUUUACAGCUCCUGGUAUUACAGCCUUCACUUUGCUGGUAUCUUAGUAUUAUUGUUGCUGCCGGUGAAAAAAACUCAGAAAGGAAAGAGUACACAUGAAAACGUUCAGCUGGCACGAUCCAAAAAGUUUGAUGAAAGAGACAGUUCUUUGGGACAGAAUAGUUUUUUCACAACAAACAGUGUUUGCAAUCAGAAUCAAGAAAUAGCUUCUAGACAUUCAUCAUUAAAGCAAUGAUGAGGAAAGUACUCUGACGGCUAUUUUCUAUAUGUUAAGGGGAACCAAUCUUAGCACCUUUCAAGGGGUCUGUGUCUGUUGGGGAAGGGAUCACAUGGGGGGAAAUCAGCCAGUUUUAGGUAGGGAAUUCCCUGUAUACCAGCUGGGAAAUGGAGCGAAAUACCCCUCCCAUGCCAUGUCUGGUGGGCCACGCCUUAUCAAAAAAUAUUUCCAGUAUUUCAAUGGGCACUCAGGACCUCAGCAUAUGUCCAUAGGGUCGUAUGUGUGCCCUGUUGCUGAAUGUACGCUGUGUGUCCCAAGGCACUGAAGAGAGGGAAGAAUAAUCAUGUCACUCUGGAUGACUGAGAAAAAUUAACUUCUCCAAAUGAAUGUCUUGCCUUAAACCCUCUAUUUCCUAAACUGUUGCUUCCUAAAUGGUAUUUUCAAGUGUGGCAUUGUGUGAACACUCUUUCACUAUUUGCUGUUGUGUGCUCCACAGGAAUUCCAGAAGAAUUUGAACAGGACUAUUUAAGAUUGUGGAUACUUUAAAAUGCAAUAAACAUCGCAGUAUUUGAAGGGUUUUCCUAAAGUUUCUCAGAUGACUACAGUAUGUAGUAGAACUGUAAGCAGUGGCGGAUGCCAAAUUGUAGGUAGUUUAUUUUCCUGGAGAAUUUGAUCACCCUGUGUCAGACAGAGAACCCUCAAGGAAGGACUCCUUAAACAUAAUGAAAGGUUGGUGAUGUGAUAUUUUAAGCUUAUUCUUCUUCAAAAAAGAAGAUGACAAACGAAGGAAGGCAUGAAUGAAGCGCUGCACGUGGCCCGUGGCACCUGUGUUCAUACACACGCCUGCACGUGGCAGGGGUCCAAGGCUCAGUGGAAGUGCUCUUCACCCCUAUUUACCUGAGUUCUGUGUGAUCCUGUAAGACAUAAAAGUUUAAUGACUUUAUAAUCACAUUGGAUUUUAAAGAAAUGUAUCAAACAUAAAUUAUAUAGAAUUAUAAAAGGAUAAUGAAAGUAAUAGCGGGAGAUUGCUUGAAGGCUUUGAAAGAGACAUCACUGAGUGAAAUCACUGUCUAGCUAAUCACUUUUUAAAUCCUUGAACAGUUGAAUUCGUAUUUGGUUACAUUGUAGGAAAAUGGAAACUUCAAAGCCAUUGGGUCUGAGCCACCUUUGUAGAGAACAAUAUAAAUUAAUUUCCAAACUCUUUUAACUUCUCCCAUGAAAGUUUUACCGUUAACUCUCGUUAACGAGUUUCAGAUUCUUAAAGCAGAAAAUGUGCUUUUUAUCUUACAGGCCAUUUUCACCAUAAUUCAUUUUGCCUUCAGUGGCUGGAUUCCUCCGUUGAUCCCACAGUCUUAUGAUGCUGCAGCAAUGAAAGCAGAGGAGAGGGGUGUGGCGCCAGCUUGGUAUCAGGGUUCUGGUGGCCCAGGGUGGUGAUGAAUGAUGGGCCGACAGGGAGAAGGAUGGGCAGGGUCUUCUGACUUCACUUUUCUGUGACCUUUCUUUUGUGGAAUUUAUUUUCUUUUUUGCCUUAAAUUUUUAAAUGAAAUGCAAAUUGUCUAUCUAUGAUGAGUCUCUUUCCCCGCCCCCCCCCCCCCGUCAUUAAUAAAUUUGCAAAUGAAAGUUAAUGACAGAACAA